UGUGUUGCAUAUAAUAAUUCAGACAAUAGAGCAAGAGUUUUAAUUCUUUAUUUAUUUAAUAAAAACCGAAAAAGGCGUUGGGUUCGUUUGGUAAUACGUGCUCAGGAAAGCAGCGAGAUGCUCAUUUAUUUUAUGACAAUUAUUUCACGUAUGGAUCAGGCGUGUAUUUUGUUGAAAUUAUGGAGAGGAAUGUAAUAAAAACAUAUACAUGUACUUCAAAUGUUAUUUCCGUCAAGAUUGUGGCGGGUUGGUGUGUCUAAACGGAGGGACCCUGGACUUGAAGGCGUGCACAUGUACCUGCAAGCGGCCAUUCAACGUGCAACCGAAUUGUGCACUGAACUGCGAGGUCGCCGUAGAUCCUACACACUGUAAGACUCGUUAUACAGGACUAUGUGAGGUGUACUCCAACGUACCAUAUGACUGUCCCAACAUGUGCAAGUGGUGCCCAAACGCGGUGACCGUUUCCACCACGGCCGUUUCCACCACGGCCGUUUCCUCCACGACCGUUUCCACCACGGCCGUUUCCUCCACGACCGUUUCCUCCACGACCUCUGUUACCACGCCCUCGCCACUGAGUUCCCCCGUUGUUCUGACCAGCAGCGCUCCCUCCGCUACCGCUACUAGCACCACGAAGCAAGACGCGAAAUUCCUUAAGUAACCAAGAUCAGCAUUUUCUCGGAACGAGAUCGUGGAAGCUUAUGAACUUGAACUUAUGUCUUGAUGCAAUAUAAAUUGGCGUGUACAAUUCAUCUUUUUGUCUGUUGGGCAUACGACAAAUGUAAAUUAUUUAAAUUUAAAAUAUUCAUGUGUAUAUGGAUUAGUUGUUAUUGAAAUGUGUAACUUCGUUUAUUGAACUAUUAUGCAUUUAGAAGUAUGUUACUCUACGUGUCCUUCCUAUCGUUAAGAUAUUUUUGAUAAUUUGACAUGUUGUCUGCAAGUAAAAUUAGCUAUAUUGACCAACACAGCAAUAUGUCUUUUUAAGGAGUCCUGUUACUCUAGCAUUAUAUACGUAUGCAUGUUUAUAUUGUAUCGAAAAGUAAGCCUUCGUUCAUUUGUU